AUGAAAGAGGUUCAAAGUGGCGAGUCUGUCAAGAAGGCAACACCAAAACAAAUACGAAAGGAACGUUUGAGAUUGGCUCGAGAGGAAGAGAGAGGUGCCAGAGAAGGACUCGAACCUAUCAAUGACGCCGAGUUGGAAAGACUUGCAAGACAAGCAAGAAAGAGAAAGUUGGAAAAAAGAAGAACAAUGAAACGCUCUUACAAUAGAAACGGUGUUUCAGUCUCUCACAAGAAGAGAAGGGAUGGAUCGGUUGUUAUUGUCAUUAAAUCCAAGUAA